UUAUAUUUUUUAUAAAAUUUUAUAUCACAUUUUAUAUUUUAUAUCUAUAUCAAAACGACAUUUAACGUUUACUGUAUCUGCUGCAUAAAAUAUACAUACGAAAAUACAUAGACGCAUUUGUACACAUAUACUGAGACAUCAAUUUAUAAAUUAUACGUUAUAUAAUUGUAUUGUAAAUGUAUAAAUGUAUGUAUCAUAUAUUUGUAUUGACAAUGUAUACGUUUUCAAUAUAAAUUUGAUAAUGACAAUUUGUUUGACUGUUAAGAUUGCAAAUAAUAUAUCAUCCUCUUAAAUAACUUUUUGAAAAGCUGACAUUAUAAUCGAUGUUUAGGACUUUCGUGAUUUUUGAACAUUGUUAUUGUUAUUGAGACGAUAUUAGUCACCAUCAAGUAUGAAAUUGUAUUCGCACAACACACGAAGUUUAAACCUGCUUUUUGUGACAACGGACGUUCUCAAAUAAUUUUCUCGAAUUAAACGACUUUUAAUUUUCUUGUCUAAAUUAUAAAAUUUCCAUAAUUGAAAAUAGUGUAUGUGUUAGUCAGGCUUUCUUCUGUAAAGCCUUGAAAGGAUUAUUUUGUUAACACCAAUGGAAAUCAAAUGGGAAAAAAAUAAGAAUCUAAGUGCAGUUUUUUUGUAAUAUAAAUUCGCUCACAUAUUACUAAAUUAUUUAUGUCACAGAAAUGAAAGUGAACGAUAUUAAUAUCGUUCUAGUGACUCUCCUCAGGUUACAUCAAUAUAUUUAAUCUUGAUAAAAACUUGACAGGAAUUAUAACAUUGAUUUAAUUUUCUGAUGAUCAACACUGUUACAUCAAUCUUUUCGAAGAGCAGAGAUUUCUAUCUGUAAUAAGAAUGAUUGCUAAAAAAUUUAAAAUUUCCGCACCGGGCAGUAUGAUUUUACUCGGAGAAAAUAGGAUGAUGUACGACAAACAUGUUGUGACAGCUAGCUUGGAUCUUCGUACUACGGUCGAAUUCUGCGAACUGAGUACUUCAAGGAAGAUAAUUGAGAUAGAGUUCCCCGAUGUCAAUUUAUCAUUGAACUUAUCUUUGGACCUGGUCUUAAACUUUUUUUUUGCUGACAGACACUUUUAUCCGAUGACGGAUCAUAUCUUGUUGCUUAGGCACGUGCAAUAUUUCAUCACUUCAAACGGUAUGUGGAGCACGUGCGAGCAGAAAUUUAGCUUGCAAACCUUCCUUUUCCUGUUGCUUUAUAUCGCACACAAUGAGGAGAUUGACAUAAUUCCUUUUCGUGUGCACUUGACCACCGAAUUACCCAUGAAAGCUAGUUUGGGCAGUUCGACAUCGUUCGCGACGUGUCUCGCAGGAUGUUUUUUGCAUUGGGCACGUCUUCAGAAAGGUGCACACUAUAUAUUUAAUGAGAAGGAGUUAAGUGAUAUCUCGAGAUACGUUGAAUAUUGCGAGGAAGUUGUACAGAAUUAUACAUUUGGGGUGUCUCACGAAGUAUGCACGUACGGUCAAAUAGUGACAUUUCAAUACGACAUUCAGAAAGGUUUCAAUAUUAGGCUUUUGAAAGUGCCGAAACUGAAUAUAUUGCUGAUCGACUCGAAAAUGAGGCCAAAUAAAUAUCUACAGAAGGAAAUAAUGGCCAGAGUAUAUUCUUCCGGCACAGAUAUUUUGGAUAGACUUGACUUGAUUUCACGGAAGGUCAGUUACUGUCUUGCUCAAAUUGAUGAAAUUCAACGAAAUAACGAUUUACACAAAUUAAAGGAUAUUUAUGAAUUUUUGUUUUUCCUCAUUCUACUAGAUCAAUUCUAUCUUGUUAAAAAAAUUGGACUGUCGCAUCCAAAUUUGAAUCGUAUUUAUUCGAUUGCGUACAUUUAUGGAUUAGCGGGAAAACUCACAGGUUGUGGCGAAUAUGUAUACAUUUUGUUGACACCAGCUCCAAAAAAAGGAUUUAUCGCGAAGAUAACUGAACACUUAAUGAAAGAGGGUUUUCCCUCCAUUAUGAUCACUAUUUAUUCUGCGACAGAAAACCGUCAAAAUUAUAUGGUGUGGAAUUGUAUUAAAUAAUCUGAGGAAUGAGCACUGUAUAUAAUUAUAUACUUUAAUUAUGUCGUACGACGUCAAAGUAUUUUUUAUAUUUGCCGUAUAAAAGUAUUGUCUGUAUAUGUUACACGUAAGCAAACACGUAUAUGAUUACAUAUUUUCUGAAAUUCCGACAUGUAUAAGUAUCAUAUAAGUUGUUAUUAGUGCAAAUAAAAUAAUGACGAUUGUUUUUUUCCUAAUUAUGAUAAUCAUAAGAAUAACGUUUUAGGCGUCUUAUUAUAGAAGAACCGUUAAAACGAUAUUUUUAAAUCCAUGACAUAAUGGCAUUUUUCAUAUUAUAAAAUUAUAUAA